AUGCCGAGAAGAAAGCCAAGAAGGAAGCAUAAGAGUAAAAAAGGCAAAGCAAGUACAGCUAAAGAAGACGCAUCCGAAGAAGCUAUAUCUAUAGAAAAUAGAUCCACCGGAGAUGCAUCCAAUGAAGAGGAACCUAAAGAAAGCGAACCAAAAGAAAACGAACUCAAAGAAAAUGAACCCAAAGAAAAUGAACCCAAAGAAAACGAACCUGAUGAAUGGACAUCGGCUACAAAGAAACGUAUUGACGCCCUAGUUUCUCUAAAUGUCCUUAGCGAUAAGAUGCUUGAAUUAUCCUUACAGGAAUUUUCCAAAAAACCACAACCCAAUGGAUUCUACAAUAGAUGGAAGCUUACUCUUCGAUGGGGAUUUUGUGCCGCACCAUUCUGUCUGGAGCGGGAGGGAUUGCUGGUGUGCAACGCUUGCAAAGCUGCGGCCUACUGUUGCAGGGACCAUCAAAUUAAAAGCUAUCACCUUCACAAGGAGGGUUGUCUUAACAUAAAAAAUGCGCUGGAGGCCAUGGCCGAGGAGGAGGCAAAGCUACGGGCACAUCCGGGCGACGACCGCUUACCUGCCAACCCCUUUGAGACUGUCCGGGGUCGAUUCUCGUUAUACGAAGCCACAUCCCCCUACCUAGAUCGUCGCUGUGAGGUCAUAGAUGCGUUAUCGGAGGUUCACGACGGCAUAGCCGUAGAGGCUAUGUUAUACCAUUGUCUCGAAGUGUUGAAGCUGGACAAUAUGGACCAGCGCGGUGAGGGCUUUGACUGGUCAAAUAUUUCUGCCCAACAAUUUCCUGGCUUCCACGACGAGGACGUUUUCGAGAGCGUUAAUGUCUUUCUCAACAACCCGAUCAUUCUAAGCCACCUUAUUUUCAUGACGCAGUUGAAAUGCAAAAUCUUUAUAGAUCUUCGUAUGUUACAAUAUAAAGCCGAGAAACAUGGUAGCCCCUCUGCCAGUUACGAGACUAAGAUGGGGUGGGUGCGCGAAUGUGCUAUUAGCGAUAUACUAUAUAGACGACGAGACAUCGUGGAACGGGAUGGCUGGGGUGACCUCAUCAAAGCCCUAGCUUCACAGGUCCCCAAAUUACAUACGCAAGUUAAAAAGCGCAACCCACAGUACUGGCCUGCACUGAAGGACCCUGAAAAAUGGUUUGCUACCCCUCCGGAAGACGAAUAUAAUCCAGGCCCAUCGGAAGAGACUGCUACCGAAUUUAGGCUGACAUGGAACUCGUAG